UAUAAAUUCUAUGUCUAUGGUCAUACUUGAAAGUAGACAGGCAGGUGGCGCUAAAGUUAACCUCCUAUUUUUCUUGAGCAAUUUUUACGUGUUUGUAAGGUUAUUUUAUGUUUUUUUCUCAACGAAAUAUUACACAUAUGUACUAGAGUGAACUAUUAAUAACUAAAUUUAUUAAUCAUUGAAAUGACAUCAAAAGUGUGUAAGAAGGAUGUUCUGCAAGCUGUUAUUCUUGCGGAUGAUUUUACGACAAGUUUAUCACCAUCGCAAAAUAUAUUCCCGAGCAUUCUGAUACCGGUGAUAAACGUACCGCUUUUCGAUUAUAUGAUCGAAACAUUGAUCAAGUCUAGAAUACAAGAAGUAUUCCUUUACUGUAGCAGUCAUGUCGAUCUGCUUAAGAAAUACGUGAAAGAAAUGGAUUACAAAGGAACUACAAUCUCUUUAAUCAUUUCCGAUGGCUGUAGCUCCCUUGGAGAUGCUUUGCGAGAUAUUGAUACAAAGGGCUGGAUCAGAGGAUACUUUAUACUGAUUCGAGGAAAUACAUUUGUUAAUACAGAUCUUAAAACCCUGCUCAAUGCACAUUGUUUGAAAGUCGAGAAAGAUAAAGGAGCAGCCAUGACCAUGGUAUUAAGAAAUUUUGGUUCAACGAAGGAUUCUUACAUGAAUGAGGAAACCUCUUUGGUUGUAUCAGAUAAAAGCAGCAACAAAAUACUGUAUUAUACAAAACUGAAGAACAAGGAAAAGAAAAUAAAGCUGGAAUUAAACUGGUUCCUUGAUCAUAACGAAAUAGAGCUCAACACAUGCUACUUGGAUACUCAUAUUUAUUUAUGUUCACCGUCUGUCUUGCCACUGUUUGCUGACAAUUUUGACUUUCAGACUAUGGAUGAUUUUAUUCGAGGGGUAUUGAUGAAUGAAGAGAUAUUAGACUCGAGAAUUUAUUGGCAGCAGUUAGAUGUCGAGGAUUAUGCCUUGCCAAUUACAUCAUGGAAGGCUUACCAUAUGCUUACUCAAGAUGUUUUACAUAGGCAUACUUUCCCUUUGGUGGCAGAUGCUUUUUCUUCAUUGAAGAAUUUUAUAUGCAUGCCGCAGAGCACAUAUAAACACGAAACUGCUCUUGCUAAGGGUUGCAUUUUGGAAAAAGACUGUAUUCUUGGAUUUAAUAGUACGUUAGGAAAUAAUACUAAAGUUACAAGAUCUGUAAUUGCAGAUCAUUGUAUUAUAGGUAGUAAUGUUAAUAUACGUAAUUCGUAUAUCUUUUCGAACAUUAGAAUCAAGGAUAAUUGUACUAUUGUGAACAGUAUCUUGUUUCCAAAUUGCAUUAUCAGGUACGCUAGUCAAAUAGAUGGAUGUAUAUUAUGUCCUGGAAUUGAUGUUGCUGCUCAUAGUCAAUACAUCGAUAUCGUUGUCGAGUCUCUAUCAUCCGGCGUGUCUAAGACUAAAAUGUCAGAACUUGGUGUUAACGAUGAAUUUUUGUAUUUUAAAAACAACAAAAUAGCUGAUUGUGAUGGCUGCUCCACAGAAUCCUCUAGCAGCGAAGAGGAUUCCGAGCGUGAUUCUCCGAUUCCAGACGACACGAAUAUGUUCUUGUCUGAAGUUAUCGAUAGUUUAUUACGUGGUUAUCAGGAUAAGCUUAAAUGCGAAAAUUUAAUUCUAGAAAUAAAUUCUUCGAGAUAUGCGUAUAACGUCACCAUCCGCGAAGUGACGUACAACGUCAUUAAAGCGAUUCUCAGUCUGCCUUUACAUUAUCUUUCUGAAACAAAAACUCCCGUCAAUAGUCAGAACUAUCAAAAGAAUCUGAAAGCUAUUAUAACUUAUUUCAAUUCCAUUAUUUUGAAUUAUGUUAAAAAUGAAGACGCGCAAGAUGAUUGUUUGCGCGCUAUAGAAGAUAUUGCUAGUACGACCGACGAGUUGCUCCCGUAUACGCAACACCUGUUGCAUCAGUUUUACGAUCGUGAUAUACUGUCGGAAGAGAAAAUUUUAGAGUGGUACGAAUCCACUAGCGAGGACGCGGAUGUGCUUCACAGCAAAGUGAGAAAUUCCGUCCAGCCAUUCAUCAAAUGGUUACGAGAGGCGGAGGAAGAUUCUACUGAAAGCGAUAAUGAUUAAAGAUACUCUAUUUAGAAAGAUCGCCUAUAUAAUUUAUAAAAUAAAACGGCUGUAUAAUGGUAAGAAAAACUGUAUAUAUAGUGCACAUAAUAUAUGAACGCAUUGUACAAAAA